AUGGACACCACACAAGAACUAAAUUGUGCAGUUUGCAUGCAGAAGUAUAACCACCCAGCCAAAUUACCCUGCGAACAUACGUUUUGUUUCCUUUGCGUCAAGGGCGUUUUCUUAAGGAGCCAUACUUGUCCCAUGUGUCGUACUCCUAUACCUGAAGAUUAUUUUGAGAAUCCUGUUCUUAUUAAUGAAAAUUCUAAUACAGAAAAUGAAGACCAAGAUGAUAAGUACUGGUGGUACUAUGAGGGAAAGGAUGGUUGGUGGAGUUAUGAUGAAAGAAGCAAUGAAGAUAUUGAAUCAAAUUUCAAUGAAGGAAAAAGUGAAUGCAAACUGUUAGUCGCUGGUGCAAUAUAUUGCGUUGACUUCAACAAUAUGAUUCAGUAUAGGCAAGCUGAUCCUCGAAGGAAACGAAAGAUAAUAAGGGAUACUCUCAAUCAUCCAUGCAAAGGUAUUGCGGGCAUAAGGAAAACAUUAAAUAAACCGGAUAGUAAUGUUGAUGCAGCCAAUGAGGUCACUGAUAAUGGAGAUGAUACAACAAAUGCUAUUACGGUAUCCACUCAAUCAGUUCAUGAAAUUGACAAUUUAUCCCACAUUUUAAGGUUGAUGUCAAUAGAAGAACCUUCAGCCAGCAGUCCAACGGAAGAAAUAUGA